GCUGCUUUGAGCUAACAUCCUCUCUCCUCCGCAUCCUGCGCUGUUGUCGGCCGGGCGAUGUAAAAAAAUAAAUAAAAAAAUAAUGGAGGUUGCGAAGCCGAUGGAGGACUAGGGGCGACAUCUGAGAGGGGGCUGCAGGCUCUCAGCUGAACACGAGACGGCAGAACAUCGACGGGCCGCCGCCUGGCACCAUGUCCGCCCCCGCCCCCGCCACUCGGAGGACUGGAUCAGGCUCGCGCCGGUUUGACUACUGCAGGUUGAUAGAAGUAGACUACGUCCCCAUGGAGACGGGCUACAUGGUCUCCAUGCGCCCCACUAAAGGCCACGCCUCCGCCGCUAAAGGAAGCGCGUCCACCAAGUCUCCAGACCGCCAAAGCCGUCUGACACACUCCCCCUCCUCCCCUCGCUCUCGCAGGCGGUCCCCGGCGGCCCCCAGUAACCGAGAUCCCUUCGGCAACGCCUCCCUCAGCGGCAGCAGCAACUCGGGCUCUUGUAAAGGCAGCGACGGCAGCCCAACCAAAGGACGUCACCAGAAGUACACGUCAUGUACCGACAACCACGGUAUCCGGCCCCCUCCACCCGAGCAGUACCUGACACCCUUGCAGCAGAAGGAGGUGUGUAUCCGACACCUCAGGGCCAAGUUAAAAGAAACCAUCACCACACUGCAAGACAGGGACACAGAGAUCGAUGCGUUGAGAGAAAAGCUUUACAGGAUGCAGGAGGACUGGGUGGAGGAGGAGUGCCAUCGCGUGGAAGCUCAGUUGGCCAUGAAGGAAGCACGUCUGGAGAUACAGCAGCUCAAACAGGCGGUGGACACAGUCCGCGCCAGGCUCAGCGACGCUGGGGGGAACAGCGGGGACGUAAGUGUCCAGAAGUACUUCCAAGACAUUAACACUCAAAACCACAAGCUUGAGAACCUGCUGCUUAACAUGGAAAUAGCUCAGGCCGGAUUAGCCAAGGAGGGAGAAGCCAUAGCUGAACGCCGGAACCGAGUUGGGGGUUCCGCGCCAGCGUCUGUAUCUGGGGAAAGUCCAGGAGUAAUACCAAAACCAGCAAUAGGGGUUAGGGGUUCUUGCUCUUGUGAUGGUUCCCCAGCCCGCUCUGUAACACGGAGCUCCACCUAUACCAAACUGAGUGAUCAAGCAGGAGACCGCAAUGCUGCAGAUUUCCCUUGUCUUUCAGCAGACGGAACUCAGGACAGUGGCUUUGUGUGCUGUGGAGAUGGUAGUAAUAUCCCGAGUCAGGCUGACUUGCUACUCGAGGCCGCAUUUCUCUCAGAAGAAACUGCUUCCUUGCUCAACUCCUACGCACAAAACUUCUCCUGCUCCAUACCAAACUCUUUGCCUCACACUUACUCCCAAACCUUACCUCAUUCCUUCCCUCACACCCACUCAGUGCCCCACAACAUUCCGCACUCGGCUACCUACGAGAAGCUAUGCUCGGGAGACCGUCUGUCACCAUUACGCUGUGGCUUGGGCGGAGGUGUCUGUAUGAGCCACCCAUGCCUUUCCCACCAUCACCUGUACCUGCAUCCUCUACGUGAGACAGGUAUUCAGACUGAGAGCUGUCCUAUCCCAGCGACAUCCGGGUGCCCGUCUGACCUGGAUACCAUCGCAGAACAGCGUACGUUCCGCUCUCAAGCUUGCAGCCCGACUUCAACCUGGUUGUCCGAUGAAGGCGAGGGAGAAUUGGACUCCAUCACCACCACUACUUCUGUAACCACAGCGACUGUCUUGAGCGCAGCCACAGAGCCCAUUCCGUGCUCUAAAUUGCCUCGGGUUAAUUCCAUGCCACGAUCUGCCACUGUGGCCUGUUCCAUGGAGAGUCCGGUCUGUGAGGACGACAGGACAGAAAGUCCAGAAGAAGAAUCUGCUGCAGUAGAGGUCCAGGGUCUGACAAAAGUAGUCCAACCCACAGUGGGACAGUUGGACACAGAGGCAGAGAAUUUGGUACAAAAUCAAUUAAAGGAGAGAAAGGAAGGUCUAUGGGCUUUAGAGGACCGACACCUUGACACACUCCAGUUGGAAACACCAGGACUGAGCCCAUGUAGUAGCCCAGAAGUCUUUGAAAAACCUCACACCUCCCAGCCAAAGAGAUCCAUUUCCCAAGAGGAAGGAGCUGAUGUUCUUGUCCCAAGGGAUGACCAAGAUGUAGAAAUUAAAGAGCAAGAAUGCGAAGAAGACAAUGAAUCAUUGGCGGGGGAGGUGGAUUCUGAUUCUGCCCCAGGGCCGGUACAGAAAAGCUACUGGAGUCGUCACUUCCUGGUGGAUCUCCUAGCAGUGGCAAUCCCAGUGGUGCCGACGGUAGCAUGGUUUUGUCGCGGUCCCGUCCGAGUGGGACAGCCCAUGUACCACUUUGGGUCGCUGUUGAGGGGCUGCUGCACAGUGGCCCUGCACUCGUUGCGCAGGGGUGGAGGUUUGAGGCAUUAUCCUGCGGGCGGUGGAGACCUAGCCGGAUCCAACAUGUGAAGCUUCAGUACGUUUGACCAUCAUGAGUCAUCAGGACUCCGGCGUCUUCAGUGAGGGGAGUGACAAGUGAGUAGAACGCCAGGAUUCCGUGACUGGGUUGUCACAACCACUGGUCCUGGGCUACAGAUUGAAUGUGCAGAUUCUUUUGAAACGCAGGGAAAACCGUUGAGGUUUGUUGCUGACUCGUGCACGACUCAUUCUGAUUCGCACUUAGAUGGACGUGUAGACAAACUCGUCUGUAGUGUCUUCAAGGACGUCUCCUAGAUGAGAUACAUCAUCACCCCAAAUCCAUCCACAUGUAAAACUCAUAUUCCCUUUGUCCUUCUUAAGACCUAAGUCCAUAGUCAUUACCAAGAAGGUUUAAGGUCCUCCAUGCAUCUUGAGGGGCAGCAUCUUAAACAGAAGGCCCAGACUUCCCUCUCUCUGGCUACUUGGUCUGGCUCCUCCCUGGGGUUCCCGAGGUGUUCCAACGCCAACUGAGACAUGCCCCGGGUCUUCGUGAAGGUCUCCUAACCGGUCGGACAUGCCCUAAAAAACCUUUACAGGGAGGGGACUUGAGGAGCCACCUCUUCUGGCUCCUCUCAAUGUGGAAAAGCACCGGCUUUACUCCUCAUUCUCACCUUAUUGCUUAAAACCGUGCAAGAACUCAAAAAGGCUUUAAUAAAACCCAACCAAAAAAAACGGUAAACCUAACUUCUACCACUGAUGCGGACUUAUUUAAGAACUAAAAACACUCCUGGUGGUUGACUCUACCAAGUUACUGACCCUCUAGGACUUCAACGCCCACUCUUAUUUAAUUCCAACAAUUCAUUAUAGAUAACAACCGAGCUAGAAGAUACCUCCUUGACUGAGGUAAGCGCUCUCUGUGCUAAAUGGUCCUACUUGUUCAACUGUCACUUUGGACUAGAUGUAGACCCUCCGGACACUAAAAUGUAUCAUCCCAAGCUCCUUCUGCCAUGCAUUGCUAGAGAUCUCACUCAACUACAGCGGACCCUCGGAAAUUAAGUCUCACAUUCAUGAGAAUUACGUCGUGAUAUGAGAAAAAAAGUGAUUACGUAAUCCAUAAUAAUAAAUUGAGUGGGGGGAAAAAGCUGUUUUUUGGCGACCAAAGCCGGGGAUCUUGGUUGAGUUCCGAGGCUCCACUGCAGUUUUGGGUUGUGAUGACGAUUGAGUUGUUUGUUUGCUGACAUUUUGUGUAAAUAUGUACAAGAAACUAACUCAAAAGCCAAAUGUUUGCCAUCCCAACACAGCAAGUAGAAGCAAAAGUCCUUUUCAUGACGGAACAAGUUUGUUUUCUUUCCUUCUUUUGUUGACAUCUUUUUUUUUUUUUUUUUUGCACUAUUGUUCACUUUAUAAGCAAUUACUUGAAUUAGUGUACAGUAUGAAAGUACAGGAAGUAAGCGUAGUACAUCCUCUUUGUCUUCUCACUGGAAAGCCUUUCACGCACAUGAAUUCUUCAUUGAGCCAUCAACACCAUAUGGGCAAAAGUAUUGGGACACGCCCCACACACACAAAAUAAAUGUAGUAAUAUUACAAGAAAAAACUUUAAAGUUAUUUUUUUCCGAGAAAAAAAAGAUUGCAAGAAGAAUAAUGUUUGGAAUAUUUCGAGACAAGUGGGAAUAUUGAGAAAUGAACGUUGUUGGGUUUUUGAUUGUUUUUAAACUGGCUGCUGAAAGCAAGGGGGAAAUAAAAUAGACAUAAAAAAUGCAAGUAUAAAAUAGGUACAUUGGAACCUCGGCUUGUAAGUUGAAUUGGUUCUGUGACAGACCUCGUAUCUCAAAAUACUACAAAAAUAAUAUUCCACUUGAAAAUGAAUUGAAAUUAUUCUGUGCUGAGACCUGAGGAAAAAGAAACUUCGAGAUAAUGCUGUAUGAAAAACAAAACAAUACGUAAAACAAACAACUCCAGUAGUUUAAUAAAGUAUUGUGAUAAUAAUGUCCAGCAUUUACCUGGAGAGUGGACUUCUACAGUGUCUCCAUCCACCUGCUUUUCUGUCAAACACACCAUCAGCAGCUUCUCCAGAGUUUCAUGGAUAAAUGUCCUCCAUUUAGCGUAAUAGCGUAAUUAUGACCUUUACGGACUCCUUCGGUUUCUGUUUGGUGCGGUGAGGUAUCACUAUACACAUUAGAAAUAUUACAGUAAAAAAAGGUUUAAACAUGUGGUAAACUUCCAAAGUAUUUUUUAAAAAUGUCAAUAUUAUUAGGGUAGGUUGUCUGUCACAUUGCAUUACUAAGUGGAUGUUAAGUCCCAACACUGUUGUUCAUAUGAUAGUGCUGAUGUCAAAUUAUCGGUGUGUGCAUCUGGGAUAAUCCUCUCGACAUUUGUCAUCCCUAGGCCUUGGGCUAGAAUGAGUUAGGGAAUGAAUGAAAACAUGAAUAGGUGAAUGAGUAAACCAAGUAAUAAGUGAGUAAAUAAAAUAAGUGAGUGAAUGUGAAAAUCAAUUAGCAAGUGAGUAAAUGAGUGAAUAAGAGUAUGUGAAUUAAUGUGUAAAUGAAUUGAUAAGCAAGUGAAUGAGUGAAUAUGUGAUUGAAUCAGUAAAUAAAUGACUAAACAAGUGAAUAGAUAUAUGAGUGAAUGUAUGAAAGCAUGAGUGAGGUAACACAUUAGUAAAUGAAUGAGUGAAUUAAUAAAUAGGAAAUAGAAUGAUAUAAUUAAUUAGCAAAUGAAUGGGUGAGUAAAUAAAAUGUGUAUGAACAAAUGAGUGAAUGAAUGAAUUAGUGCAUAAAUGAAUGAGAAUGGAUGAAUGCGUGAGGUUAUGAAUGGGAAAAUGAAAGCGUGAAUGAAUAAGAAAAUGAAUGAGUGAAUAAAAGAGUAAGUGAGUGAAUGUGAAAAUGAUUUGGCAAGUGAGUAAAUGAGCGAAUAAGAGUAAGUGAAUUAAUGUGUAAAUGAAUUGAUAAGCAAGUGAAUACGUGAUUGAAUCAGUAAAUAAAUGACUAAGCAAGUGAAUAAAUAUGAGUGAAUGUAUGAAAGAAUGAGUGAGGUAACACAUUAGUAAAUGAAUGAGUGAAUUAAUAAAUAAGAAAUAGAAUGAUAUAAUUAGCAAAUGAAUGGGUGAGUAAAUGAGUGAAUGAAUGAAUUAGUGCAUAAAUGAAUGAGAAAUUAUGAAUGUGUGAGGUUAUGAAUGAGAAAAUGAAAGCGUGAAUGAAUAAGAAAAUGAAUGAGUGAAUAAAAGAGUAAAUGAGUGAAUGUGAAAAUGAAUUAGCAAGUGAGUAAAUGAGCGGAUAAGUGUAAGUUAAUGAAUGUGUAAAUACAUUAAUAAGCAAGUGCAUGAGUGACAAAAUGAAUAUGUGAUUGAAUGAGUA